AAUGUAAAAUUAAUUGAAAUAUUGUUACAUUUAAAACCGGUCAUGAUUCUUUUUUCGAUUUUCUCCUACCUUGUUAUAAUGGAUACAAGCUUGCAGCGGGUUACAUCUAAUAAGAUCCAACAGAUCAACGCAACCUUACUGGCAGAGGAACUACAGAGACUUGUGGAGACCGCGGGUUGGAAAUUUUUACAGGAGAAAUAUAAUGAGCUGAGUUACGUGGAGGCUAAUGCGGACGGCCAGGCACUGACUAAUAGGAUAGCAAAAUUAAUUGGCAACCGCAUGGAAGAAAUGAACAGUGCUCUCCGGGACUUAAAACAAAGUGUUGAUGAGAACUUCUCCAAAAUGACGUCAUCAAACCCUUACGUGCAAUGCUGUACAACUGACAGGACAUAUACAUUCGACCCACUUUUCAGAGCAAAGGUGUCAAAGAAUGAAGCAUGCGCAAGCCACCCGAGCUAUGUGAACCCGAUUGAUUUAAAAUACCCCAAUAAGGAAGUGUUGGAAACAAUGAUUAAUAAUCAUAAAUCUAACAGAAUAAUAAAAAACCAGUAUCUUGGACUAAAAUCUGGAUUGAUCCUUUUCUAUCCAGCGACCAAGCUUGUAGAUUGUGACAGCUAUGAUCCAAGAUUCAGACCGUAUUAUGUAUCGAGCACCUCUUACAAGCCGAGGGAUGUGGUGAUUGUGCUGGAUAUAUCCACCUCUAUGAUGGGAGAAAAACUGUAUGAGGCCAGACAAGCCGUAAUCACCGUCAUGGAAACACUGGGGCACGAGGACAGGAUUGGCAUUGUGGUAUUUAACAAAGAUGUUUACACACCAAAAUCAUGCUACGGCGAAAUGCUGGUACCAGCUACUAGAACAACUAAACAAGAACUUGAAAAAUUCAUUAGCGCAGUUGUCACCGGUGAAGGAUCAAAUUAUUCAGCAGGACUGCGUAGAGCCUUUGAGUACUUCACAAACAAUUCAAUUGAAGAUAUUAAAGAAAGAGACCAGGUGAUUUUAUUUGUUACUGACGGAGAAAACACAGGGGAGGACAACCCGCUAAAAGUCAUCAGGGAGAAAAACCAUCAACUUCAAAAUCGAGUGGCCAUCCAUACAUAUGGUAUUGGAACAGGAUUAAGCAGUCACGUGACAGAAUUGUUGAAAAAUAUGUCAACUCAAGUAUUGAAUGAUGGACAAUUCGGACCCAUUAAGACUGGAAAUUGCAAUAUGAUAGAGGAUCUCAAAGGGUCCUCUCUAAGAGAAAUUAUGGGAAUGUAUUACUAUAGCUCCAGUAUACCCAUAUCACAGAUCCCGACAUAUACUCUUCCUUAUAAAGAUUUCUUAAGCAAAGAGUUUGUGAUUUCGGGCUGUUUACCCAUUGGACACAAAGGAGACUUUAUCGGUGUAGUUUGUGCAGAUAUUCGCUUGAGUGAGCUUGUCCCAGAGAUAAUUCAUUUACAACAUGGAGAACAUUCCUACGCUUUUAUCAUCGAUGGCAAAGAGCGAACUCUGGUGCAUCCGCUUUUCCCAGACCCACGUGAUGCAAACACGCAAAGUUAUGACGUCAAUAACAUCUUCAAUUUUGAGACGGCUGGAGAUGUCGACCAAGUUAUAAUUUCAAUGAAGAAGAAAGUAACAGUUUUCAUGCCUUUCAUGUUUAAUGCAGUUAGAGAUCAUUGUAAGAUGAUCUUGGGUCAGAUUGGCCAUAAACGUUUAACAACGACAAUGAUAGAGAGUAGAGGAGAUAGACUUAGAGAUGGAGACCUGUCAAGAACAGUGGAAGCUGUGUAUACAUGGGUCCCGAUUAAUGUAAGUGGAAGUAACUUGUCCUUGUGUGUUGUGAUGGAGAAGAAUACUACAAUAAAGACACUGGAGUCUCUUAGUCCUAAAAAGGGAGAUUUUCUGUAUCACCGCUGGGAUCUAAUAAAAUGGCCGACAGUAGGAUGUAUAUAUCACAACAGAUAUGCAACUAAGGACAAAACAUCGGUGAAGUUUACUGCAGAUGCAUACGAGGGUUUUGAUAUCUACAAACAAGCAAUGGAGACAGAGACUGAAAUUUACAUGUACGAACAAUAUAUUUCUGGCGUCAUCCAAACUAAUCCUGGAUUAAAGAAAUCUGCAUUAAACUCCCUUAGAGCCACUUCUCCGAUCGAACGUUUUUGGAGGACAAGUUCUGGUCAGGCAUUUCAGCUAUUAUGGCGGUACGUGAUGACGGAGGACGGUGUAGUGAGAGUUUACCCCGGUGUCCGGUUAUCUGAUGAUUACGACCCCAAUCUGAGGCCCUGGUAUCGAAAAACGUUAUCACAGAAAACAAUAAACGUUGUGUCUCCGCCAUACGAGGAUCUUUUUGGUGGAAUGGGAAGAGUAAUCACUUUAUCACGGUCUAUUCUGAUUGGAAGAUCUCCUGGUGAGAAGGUGGAAGCCGUGGUGGGAGCGGAUCUCUCUGUUUACUUCCUUCAUCAGAUGUUGCUGGAUUUGUAUCCUCUGUGUAGGAAUAGGACAGAAUUCAGCUGCAUUGUAAUUGACGAUAGCGGUUUUCUGGUUAUGCAUCCAUACUUCACAGAGACAACGAACAAGAUCAGCUAUCCGAUUCACAUUACCCACAAGGAAAUGCUGAUUUCCAAAUAUCUGACAUCGGAAGGGAUACUAUACCAACAGCCAUGCAGGGAUACGGAAAACAAAAGGGAACUUAUAACAUUCAGAGUUAAAUUGCCACAAACCAAGAAAAAUGGUGUCGUGAAUAAAGCAGAAGGAUAUGAACUUCGCCCUGUCCCAAUGUCAAAUCUGUUUCUUAUUUUGAAAAGCAGACAUAUGAAUGAAGAAAUAUCCUGUUGCAAGGAUCCAUCUCGUCCACCAAACGAAAAGAAGUGUCUGUCAGACGGGUGUCUUUGCCUCUGUUACGAACAGUUAGAAUUUAACGACUGUGAGAAUAAGUACCAAAAUAGGGACACAGUAAUACCAUGCAGCCAUGAAGUUCCGAAAUUGACGUCCGUUAGCAUCAAUGAAAUAAGCAAAAUCGCCAAACUUGAUCGGUGUUUUCCUCUCAAUUGUACAUGCAGGAAUACAGAGAGUGAGUGUUUUCGAAGCUCUGGAUGUUCCUGGUGUACAAGUACAGUGAAUGGGGAGCGGAUCAAAGGGUUCUGUCACUUUAUGGAGGUUUGUCCCCAUCAACAGUGUUUAUCGACAGAAUGCGAAUCCAAAUGCGAAGCUAAUACAAUAAAAGGAAGUAAAACGCCGAUCUGGGUUUACGUUAUCGCCUUGCUAUGUUUUAUGAUGUUCCUUGGUUUCAUUGUUGCUUGUAUAGUCUACAUUGUGCGCAGAAUCCGACAAGACGGAAACGACACAUAUAUGGCAGCCAGGCAGUCUGAGCCGCGGGAAGUUCGAACUUCUACUUCUACGUAUCAGGAGUUAGUACCCCCUGAAUUCUGUGAUCAAGGACGGUUCCUGUUACAUUCCCAAACAGAAGAUUGUCCGCUUAGUGGUCUAAGUAGACCUGCACUCAGUGGCGAUUAUAUCGAAGCAUUUGAAAUGAAGAAAGGAUGUAAUGGGAGAGGUGAUAUUCCUAGCAGUGAUUCUCCUUGCAUCAGUCAGGUAAACAUGUCGCACUGCAAGGAAGAUGGCUUGACAAAAGAACAUACGAAAAUGAAUUAAGAUUGUAUGUAAAAUUUACCCUAUGUAAAUCUAGUAGAUCUUUUUGGUGGAUGUUUUUUCUAUUUUGAGACAUGCAUACAUGAGAGUAAAUUUUAUAAUGAAGAUAAAAAGAACAUCCGAUUGAAUUGUCAAUUCAGUUUUAUUAUAUUUUUAAGGAGUUACAAAUAUAAGAAUUACAAAACAUUCAUUAAUAUUACUCGUGAAAAUACUUUUGAGACAAAACUCAUGAAAUACACAAUCAAAACCAAUAUAGAACAUAUUCAAAGUGAGAAAUACAGAUACAAUAUAUGCAAGAUAAAUACAAGCUUAAAAUCUUAUUUAUUAUUUUCAUCAAUAUUAUCAAAUUAU